CAUUUUCAGUUCCGCAGAUAUGAGAGCAUGAGUCAAAUGCAAGGCUCCUUCUUAUUCAACUCUGCUUCAGCUCUGCGUCUUCACCCGUUCAUGGCCAAGUUGCAUUACAGGGCAUCUCAGUAUUACUCGGGACCAUCUGUGCUGCCUGGUAUUGUUGAUACAUACAGACAAUGCUCUCAGGUUAAGUUUAGAGAAGUCAGGUCAGCUUCCCUUGUUCUGGCUGGUUACCCAAAAGUUGGACAAAACUUCCAGCUUUUUAGAACUUUGGAUAAUGGGUGUACUAGGAAUGCAACUGCUACUAAGUCCAAUUUAACUGCUGGGUUGUUAAGUUGUAAAGUACCUGGAAGUGUUUUUAGUUGUGGAUUGUCCAGUGGAUUUGGAUUGAGUUAUUCUUAUGUGUCUUUCUCUAAGCGGUACUUUUCUGAAGUCUCAGCAUUAGAAACCAAGGCUGCUAAAACAGGUGUUAGGGGUGGAAGUAGGAGGCCAUGGUUUUGGAAGAAGAAGAAUAAGGCAAAGGGAGUGGUGGCUAACAGUAGUAACAGAGAUACUGAUUCUAGUUCUACAUUGGCCUCUAAAGAUGUUACAACUGCAACAUCUAGCAAGCAGACAGUCAAAGGACAGAAGAAGGGUGCAGAAAACGGAUCAACUGACUCAACUUCACUGGCUAGCAAGGAUAGCCAAGACUCUAAAGUUAAUGAAAAACAGAAAAAACAGCCAAGAACUAAGAAAAAGAAGGAAAAAGUUUCCAGCGUCAUCACUUCAAAAGAAGCAGAAGCGGUUGGAGGUUCUAAAAGUAUUUCUCCAAAGAAAAAAUCUAAUGUAGAAGAAACUGCUGAAAAUCUAAAUGAAAAUAUGCCUGUGGAAGUGCUAGAUAGUUCUGCUUCAAUGGUGCCUCGGUCCAGUAAGAAAAAUGGGCAAUCAAAUAGGAAGAGAAAACCAAUGAAAACAGCCAUUGAGUCACCUCUGGAACACAAACCAGUAGAUAUGGGCAAAAUUAAAUCUAUGGGACAAAAGCCUUUCAAGCCUCUAUAUCCCCCCACUUGUAAGUCUGUUAUCGUGGUUGAGUCUGUUACAAAGGCCAAGGUUAUUCAGGGUUACCUUGGCGAUAUGUUUGAGGUCUUGCCUAGCCAUGGUCAUGUCAGGGACUUGGCUGCAAGGUCAGGAUCUGUGCGGCCUGAUGAUGACUUCAGCAUGGUUUGGGAGGUCCCAAGCUCUGCGUGGACGCAUCUUAAGAGCAUUAAGGCUGCUCUAAAUGGAACCAAAAAUUUGAUUCUUGCAUCAGACCCUGAUCGUGAAGGAGAGGCAAUUGCUUGGCACAUCUUUGAGAUGCUGCAGCAACAGGAUGCUUUGCAUGAGGAGACUACUGUAGCAAGGGUUGUCUUUCAUGAAAUAACAGAGGCAUCCAUUAAAAGUGCUCUGAAUGCACCACGGGAGAUUGAUCCAGACUUGGUUCAAGCUUACCUUGCUAGACGUGCUCUUGAUUAUCUGAUUGGAUUUAACAUCUCACCAUUGUUAUGGAGGAAACUGCCAGGUUGCCAGUCAGCUGGACGAGUGCAAUCUGCUGCCUUGUCCCUUAUAUGUGACAGAGAGUUGGAGAUUGAUGAAUUUAAGCCACAGGAGUACUGGACUAUAGAGGCUGUGUUAAAAGCAAGACAACUUGUGUUAAAGACAAGAAAACCUUAUUCUCUAGUAGACAGUUUUUCUUUCCCUGCGCACUUGACACAUUUUAAUUCAAAGAAGUUGAGUCAAUUCUCAAUCAGCUCAGAUUCAGAGGCUAAGGAUAUUGAAAUGAAGAUUAAUUCCACAAAUUUUCAAGUUGUUGCCUCUAAAAGAAACACUGUGCGAAGAAACCCUCCCACACCGUAUAU